AUGAUACAAUAUGCUGAUCAAUCUUGCUCAAAUACUGUGAAUUGUUGUGAAAUGUUGAUUAUCUACAUUAUAAUUCCACUGAUUUUAAUACGUUCAUGUCAGUCAGGAUCAUCAUCAUCAUCACAACAAUCUAACUGCACUGAGGAACAACGAUCACCUUUUGCACGGUUUGUUGCUGCAGUGGGAACACUUAUUAGCUUAAUAUGUUUUCUAGAUGGAAUAUGGAACACUAUAGCUGGGUUCCUUCAGCAGGCGACACAAAUGACCGGAUAA